AUGGAAGCGUGCAAGAAGAAAAUGAAUGCCUUAAUCGCAGAGCGAGUAAAUGCUCUGGAAAAAGCCGAGGAACUGGAAUUAAGGCUGAGGCAGGUUGAAGAAGAACGCGAUAAAAUUCAAGAUGAUUUUAUGUUUUUACAGAAAAAGUAUGGAGCUCUGGAGAAAGAGAACGAUGAUUUGAACGAAAGUUUAGCUAAAUACCAGUUGGUGGAAGAAGACAAAAAGAAAGUUGACGAGGAGUUGGUGUGGAUGCACAAGAAGUAUAGUAAUUUACAAAGAGAAUUUGAUGAAGUAUCUGCCCAAUUAGAAAAAGCACAGGACAUGAUGAGAUAUACAGAAGAGAAAUUAUCGGAGACGGAGAGCGAGACACAAGAUUUAAACCGGAAAAUCAAUCUUUUAGAAUUAGAUCUUACCCGAUCUGAAAGUCAAGUGGAAGAGAAACGAGUGCAAGCCGAAGAGGAUUCUGAGAAGCUCCAGUCUGCCGAAAACCGGGCAUUGGAAGCCGAACGAAACGUCCAAAAACUUGAGAAUGAUAUCGACAAGCUCACAAAAGAGCUCGAAGAAGAACAGAAGAAAUUUAAAACUUUGUGCGAAGAUUUGGAUGAAGCGUGCACCCAAAUGAUGGAUUAG